AUGAAGACCAACAACAGCAACCAUCACACAGAGCUGUUUGGAGAUGAGCGCUUGAUUGUCAGAAGGGGACAGCCCUUUAGCAUCACCUUACACCUGUCGCAGGAGUAUGUCCUCUCACAGCAUGGGCAGAUCUUCAAAGGAACACAUUAAAAAAUCAAAGGGAAACCCUGGAACUUUGGACAGUUUGAACCUGGAGUAUUGGACAUCAGUCUGAAGAUCCUAGAUGACAACCCCAAUUUUGUGUCCACUUUCGGCUUCUCCCAUCAGGGGUCGCCACAGACAGAGCCUGUCUAUGUAGCAAGGGUGCUGAGUGCCAUGAUCAACAGCAAUGAUGACAGGGGUGUGCUGACUGGACAAUGGAAGGAUUUUUCAGGUGGCACUCAUCCUGCUCUGUGGACAUUCUAAGGGAAAUUUUGCAACAGUGGGAACAAGUGGUCAGUCCGCUACAGCCAGUAUUGGGUGUUUGCAGCUAUAGCAUGCACAGUGAGUCGUGCAUUGGGUAUUCCAUGUAGAGUUGUUACCAACUUUGGAUCAGCUCAUGACACCAAUGCCAACCUGGUGAUUGAAAACCUUUACUAUGAAAAUGGUGAAAGAAUUUAUGGAGGGGAUUCAGUUUGGAACUUCCAUGUUUGGGUGGAUUGCUGGAUGAGUCGUCUCUGAGCUUGAU